AGGAUGUUGUACGGAUCCUAGGUGUGGAGGCUGACAUCUUUCAGAUCCUGCUGGACUUUAUUUACACAGGGUCUUCAUUGGUCUUCAUUGUAACACUUCAGAGUUCAUAUGAGGAGCUCCCUUGACUGAAUAUUCAUCCAUAAGAGAAGUCCACUCUGCAUGAAAAAAUAAAAUGUGAGGUAGAGGGCUUCUAAUCUAGUUUUCUCUGUCAUGCUAACCAUGUGCUGGGGUUUGGGGAGGGGUAAGGAGGAACAUUUAGUCUCGUCAAUGUCUAUGUUCCCAGUUUGAAGUUAUAAUUGAGACACAUUUGCAAUUCUUUAUGAAGAGAGCUAGCUAAUUACCAUAGCAUUAGCUGUUUUAUCAUCCGUUUAGUGGGGUGGGGGAAAACAUUCAAUCUGUGCUAUUUGGUUUACUAAAAAGGGUGCCUGUGCUGUAAUGUUUCCUGAUCAGUUAAUUAUUUUGAUGGCUGAUGAUAUUCCCCGUAAGAUAUUCAUAGCGUGGCAAUAAUGUACUCCAGUAGUAUCCUUCAAGGGACAUUCACAAUUUUUGUGAUCAAACCGUAUGCAAGAUUUUGUACCAGCUGAAAUAGUUCUCUGUUGUGUGUUUAGGCAUAGUCAGUAUUGGUGAAAGUAAUGUCCAGGAGUUGAUUGUGGCAGCAGACAUGUUCCAACUCACGGAAGUGGUAGACCUUUGCUGUGAAUUUCUGAAGGGGCAGAUUGAUCCUUCAAACUGCAUUGGACUCUUCCAGUUCUCCGAGCAAAUUGCCUGUCACGAUCUGCUAGAAUUCACAGAGAAUUACAUCCAUGCCCAUUUCCUGGAGAUCCAGGACGGAGAGGAAUUCCUGGCUCUGACAAAGGACCAGCUCAUUAAGAUCUUGCGAAGUGAGGAACUGAGCAUAGAAGAUGAGUACCAGGUUUUCAUAGCUGCAAUGCAAUGGAUUCUGAAGGACCUGGGGAGAAGAAAGAAACACGUGGUGGAAAUACUGGAUACAGUUCGAUUUCCACUGUUACCCCCACAAAGACUCUUGAAAUACAUAGAAGGGGUUCCUGAUUUCAGCCUUCGAGUGGCCCUUCAAACCCUGUUAAAAGAAUAUUGUGAAGUAUGUAAAUCUCCAAAGGAGAGCAAGGUUAGCAGUUUCCUGCAGGCAGCAAAGGCGCGUCCCAGGAGGAAAGCCAGGAAGUACCUGUAUGCAGUAGGUGGAUAUACUCGCUUGCAGGGAGGCCGUUGGAGUGACAGCAGAGCUCUCAGUUGUGUGGAGCGUUUUGACACGUUCAGUCAGUACUGGACUACUGUGUCUUCUUUACACCAGGCUCGAAAUGGGCUGGGAGUUGCAGUAGUCGGAGGAAUGAUCUAUGCUAUUGGAGGUGAAAAAGACUCUAUGAUAUUUGAUUGUACUGAACGUUACGAUCCUAUUACUAAACAGUGGGCAGCUGUAGCAUCUAUGAACCAUCCUCGCUGUGGGCUUGGAGUGUGUGCUUGUUAUGGUACCAUCUAUGCUUUUGGAGGCUGGGUUGGAGCAGAGAUUGGCACCUCGAUUGAACGUUUUGAUCCUGAAGAGAAUAGCUGGGAAGUGGUGGGCAGCAUGGCUGUGCCGCGCUACAAUUUUGGGUGCUGUGAAAUGCAAGGAUUAAUUUAUAUUGUUGGGGGCAUUAGUAAUGAAGGAAUAGAACUGUGUUCUGUCGAAGCCUAUGAUCCAAUAUCUAAGCGCUGGUCUGCACUCCCUGAAAUGGGCACCAGAAGGGCAUAUCUGGGUGUGGCUGCUCUGAAUGACUGUAUCUAUGCUAUUGGAGGUUGGAACGAGACUGAAGAUGCCCUUCCAAGUGUUGAGAAAUACUCUUUUGAAGAGGAGAAAUGGGUAGAAGUUGCUUCAAUGAAGACCCCAAGAGCUGGAGUAUGCGUUGUAGCUGUGAAUGGCCUCCUUUACGCCAUUGGAGGAAGGACUGCCAGUUAUGAUUCAGCUGCCCCAGUAACAUCAGAUUCUGUGGAGGUUUAUAAUCCGCAUUUGGAUACUUGGACUGAAAUUGCUAACAUGAUCACCAGCCGCUGUGAGGGAGGUGUGGCAGUGCUCUGA